AUGGUGCGUUCGGGUGACUAUCAUGGAUCAUUCGAUCGCACCCCGCCAAACUCUUUUACAAAUUAUGCUCAUGGACCGGUCUCUGAACUGAUUACGCUGUUCGACAAACAUCAAAAAGAUCAACCGGAUGUAGAAGAAGAUUACAAAAUUUGGAAGCUGCUUAAGAAAUUGACGAACGGACUUGCUUUCAUGAAGGGAAUAAACGAUGACGAACUAGCUAGGAUUGCGACUGUUGCCCAAGCACUUGCCCAUGUUGCUACACCCUACAAAAAGGACGAACAGCUAACAGCCUUCGAAAGGAAUACCCGGGGUUAUGUCCUAGCCUUGUUUGAUAGGAUGUACUCUGCGAAAAAAAAGAAGUGCGCCGAUAAAAUCUUGUGGGCUGUAGCAAAAAUGUGCGCUCUCAAUUUAGACCGACUCCCUCGCAAGACGAGCAGAAGGGAUCGUACUCUAUAA